UCAAUCUCCACUUGUAAAGGUCACCACAUCACAUAUGUAUUUCACACGAGACUAUACUUUUCACACAUAUGAGUAUUGUAGACAACGGGCGACCAGUAACUAUGGAAUAUGUGUGAAAGGGGAAACAAAUUUCUACAGGAUCUUGACGGAGAUUAAUGAAGUCGAAUUCCCAAGGAUACUGAAGCUGAAAUGCGUCCUCUUCAAAUGUAAAUGGUUCCACCCCGUCGUCAGCAGAGGUGUUCGGUUUAACAAAUUCGGUGUAGUUGAUGUCAAUGGUGGACGAAGGUACAACAAAUUCGAGCCUUUCAUCUUAGCUUCACAAGCAAACCAAGUUAGCUUCCUUCCAUACCCUCGGAUGAGAGAAUCAAGAAUAAAUUGGUUAGCCGUGACAAAGUUACACCUCGAGGACGAAUCAUCAGUGGAGAAGAACCACCAUUGCAAGAAGAACAUAUAUAUGAAGUCGGGGAACCCGAACACGAAAUUGAUGACAUCCUUCUCAUUGAUCCGCAUAAUCAUGAGUACGAAGAUCUUACCGACGAUGCCACAGACGAAGCUGUUGAAGAUGAGUUUAAUGAAAAUGAUGAUGAUUCUAGUGAUGGCAAGAAUGUCGAUGUAUCCGAUUGAUGUAUUUGUUUUUAAUAAGAUUGAUUUUCAGACUUAAUGCAUGUGAUUUGAUCGAUUUAAUCAUGAAAAAUUAUUUAUAUAAUUUGAUUUUGGGUAAGGUAAUGGGAGUUUGUAUUAGAAAUAAGAGAUUGAGAUUAUAAGUUAAGGAAUUGUGGUUUUAGAAUUUGGGGUUUGGAAUGGAAAGAAUAGACUGAGGUUAAAGGGAAGAUGGGUUUGGGGUUUGGAAUAUAUGAAGUAGAAGAUAAGGAAGAUGGGGUUGGGGUUUCAGAUUUUAGGAAUUUAAACAUAAUCCUCGUAAUUUCCUUCAAAAAUAACAACGAAAUUAAAAAAUAAAGAACGGGGGAGUCGUUAAUUCCACGUAAGCCGUAUUCGUCGUAAAAAACUCGUAAUAAGAAAACGCGGAUCUCGCUCAUUCCUCGUAAAUGAAAAAGCGGGCCUCGCUAAUUCCUCGUAAAUAAACAACCAAUUAGGGACUACCGUUGUAAUAUUUUAAAAAAGAAGAGAAGAAAGAUAUUGGAAUCACAGGUGGAAAGAAACAAGGCGAGACCUAUGUAAGUCUAGCCUUGUCUCCGCCCACAUGUGUUCCAGUAUUUUCUUCUCCUUCUUUUUUUUCAAAUCUUUCUAAUUUGAGAAGCAAACUGGUGAGUAAUUAUCUUUGAUUUGAGAAGCAAAUUGGUGAGUUUAUCUUUGAUUUGAGAAGCAAACUGGUGAGUAUUUAUAGGAAAUUUAGAAAGGUUUUAUGACCAAUUAGCUUCGUCUCGUUCCUCGUAAAUAAAAAAGCGGGUCUCGCUAAUUCCUCAUAAAUGAACGAGGACGUUACGAAGACCCCAAACACGGGCCUCGCGAGUUCCUCAGUAAAGGGAAGAUGGGUUUGGGGUUUGGAAUAUAUGAAGUAGAAGAUAUGGAAGAUGGGGUUUGGGGUUUCAGAUUUUAUGGAUUUAAACAUAAUCCUCGCUAUUUCCUCGUAAACUAACGAGGAGCUUACGCCGAAUCCUAAAAAAAUAAAGAACGCAGGACUCGUUAAUUCCACAUAAGCACAAUUCGUCGGAAAGACUUCGUAAUAGGAAAAUGUGGGCCUCACUAAUUCCUCGUAAAAAAAAACGCGGGCCUCGCUAAUUUCUCGUUAAUCAUCGAGGACGUUACAAGGAAACAAAACGCGGGCCUCGCUAAUUCCUCGUAAAGAAAAACACGGGCCUCGCUAGUUCCCAUAACUUUACGAGGAAAUUACGACGAUUACUAAUUUCUUAUAUAUACACGCGAGCUUCUCACUUCCAUUUCGUCACCACUUCCUCUCUAUUUCGUAGCAAUGGUACGUACUCUCUCUAUUUCCUCUCUAAUUUGAUUAGUUUAGGGUAGAUUAGGUGGUUAGUGUAGGGAAUUUAGAUAGGUUUACUGAUUUUAUGUUAAUUAGUGUUGAUUAUGAGGUUAAUGUAGGGAAUUUAGCUAGAUUUAUAGAAUUUGUUAUUUAUAGAAUUUGUUAAUUACUGUUGAUGUUAAUUUUAAAAAUUAAUUUUUUUUCCAGACGGUUCGAAAGAACAGACUUACUCACCAUUACAGAGAGAUGUUCGGUGAGCCUGGUAGUCGUUUAGACCCGUCUUCUUCAGCUUCUGGUUCUUCUUCAGAUCACAGUUCUUCGGGUCCGGAGACUGUCCCCGAGACUCAGCCUUCUCAGAGAGUCUUUCGGUUGCCUUCUUCUAGUGCACUAUUGGUUCUUCAUGUGCCUCCUCCGAUGGCUCCUCCGACGAUGCCUCCUCAUGUGCCUCCUCCGAUGGCUCCUCCGAUGCACGCUGAGAUUCAUCCCGAUUUAAUGGUGCCUCCGAGUGCUCCUUACUCGCUGUACACUGUCGAGGACCUUCUCAGUCAGCCAGGCAGAGAAGGUUUACCAGUCAUAGACCCCGACCGACCGGACGGAACUUUGUGGUAUGUUACAUUAAUUAUUAUUUUUUAAUUCUUUUAAAAUUCUUUUAUAACAUUAAUAAAUAAUUUAUACUUUAAAUUUGUUUUUUUUCAGGUUUGGGGUUGACGGAUGUC